UUGUUGUUGAUCUGGAUUUUAUGAAUAUAUUAUUUGCAGGUUCAUUUGGAUAAUACAUGUGAAAUUUUGUGUCCUUGUAUUGUUGUGUCUAGUGGUCUUUUAAAAAUGGUAAUUAAAUCCUGUUGGAGAUCAUCUGUUGAAGAUGAAGCCGCAGGGCGUGUUGAAGGUUUGUUGUGGUAUAAAGAUUUGGGAAACCAUGCCUAUGGGGAAUUCUCAAUGGCAGUGAUUCAAGCCAAUGGUUUGCUGGAGGAUCAGAGCCAACUGGAAUCAGGGCAUUUGAGUUGCAGCAGGUCUGGUCCUCAAGGGACUUUUGUGGGGAUAUAUGAUGGACAUGCUGGACCUGAGGCAUCUUCAUUCAUCAAUGACAAUCUUUUUUGCAACCUUAAGGCAUCUGUGUCUGAGCAUGGAGAAAUGUCCCUUGAUGUAAUCAAGAAGGCGUUCUUGACAACAGAAGAGGAUUUUCUAGCCCUGGUGAAGAAACAGUGGCUUGUGAAACCAAAGAUGGCUUCAGUAGGGUCAUGCUGUCUGGUGGGCGUGCUGUGCAAUGGCCUACUGUACAUUGCAAACGCAGGUGAUUCCAGGGUGGUUUUGGGGACAGCAGAAAGGGGAAAAACUGAAUUUACGGCAAUACAAUUAUCGACGGAACACAAUGCAAGUUUAGAAUCUGUAAGAAAAGAACUAAAGGAACUGCAUCCUUAUGAUCCCCAGAUCGUUGUGAUGAAACACUCAGUGUGGCGUGUGAAGGGCCUAAUUCAGAUUUCAAAAUCCAUUGGUGAUGCAUACCUGAAGAAUGCAGAGUUCAACAAAGAACCGCUGCUGCCCAAAUUCAGGUUGCCUGAACCCUUCCAGAAGCCUAUCCUUAGUGCAGAGCCAGAUAUUUUAGUGCACCAACUCCAACCAGAAGACCAGUUCCUCAUAUUUGCUUCUGAUGGCUUGUGGGAGCACCUCAGCAAUGAGGAGGCUGUUAACAUCAUUCGGAGUAGUCCACACAAUGGAAUUGCAAGGAGACUUGUGCAAGCUGCACUUCAGGAAGCAGCAAAGAAAAGAGAAAUGCGAUACUCAGACCUGCAAAAGGUGGAGCGAGGGGUGAGGAGACAUUUUCACGAUGAUAUAACUGUUAUAGUUCUGUUUCUGGAUCACAAAUUGAUCAAGAGUAGCUCUCUCAGAAUUUAUCCAAUUUCGAUUAAAGGUGGAAAAGGAAUCCCUCCCCCAGCCGCUGUCUCAUAGCCUACUAGAUUUCUGUGUCUGUUUGCUGAUAAAUGCUAGAAGACUAACUUUGUUUCUUCCUCUCUUAGGCAUUUGCAAGCUUUCUCAUCAAUACUAUUACAUUGAAAUGAAUAUCUUUUUUUGCUCCUAGUUGAAAUGUAUGAUGAGGAAGAUGUUUUUAUAAGAAUAUAUUUUCCUGCUCAUCUAUUUGGCAGCCUAUGAAAUCUCAGUUAGGCCUAGGCUAGCAAAACAAUCGGCUUAAUAGUUAUCUGAAUUGCUUGUUAGUGGGUGCUGAAUUCCCUAGAAAUUUGGAGACUGCUUGUGUUAAGA